UAAAAAGUGAUCUGACUUUUAGUGAACUUCACGUUCAAACAUGCAACCAUCAACAAUCGUCGUUUUUUUCUUCGCUACAGUCCUUGGUGUUUUGUCGGUGACGAGAGCUUCCAUUAUAAGUUGUCCACCAAAUCCUAUCCAAGAACAGCUAAACCCAGCUGUAAGACAACUCUGCGUCGCUAUUGAACAGGCCGUUGAAGAGGUUCCGAAAGAAUAUGCUGAACGAUUAGAUGACAGAGCCAUCAAUUUGAAUACUAAACGACAAGAUGUCGACCACGUAUUUUUGAGAUUCGGCAAAAGAUUUGGAUUGUAAAAAGCUAACUAGAUUUUUAAAAGUACAGCCCUUCUUUUAAACCUUCGAAAAUGUUCUUUUGCGGCUUUAAAAUUACUUUUUGUUUCAGGUAAAAUAUCGAGAAGGC